UCUCGAGUCAUUUAGAUUUGGUACGUAACGACUACGGGAAGGUUGGAGACCGAUCUAGGAACAUUUGCGUGAUGGAUCUACUUGCUUGACCCAACUCAAUCCAAUCAGGAGCUCCUAGGACUUGCUCUCCACCAAACAGAGGUAUCUGUCUCCUCUAUUUAUCUAGUCAUUUACUUCAUCUCUGGAUCAAACGAGAGGGUCUGCAAUGGUAGUUCCUCCUAUCUUCAGCUUCUUCUGCAUUUCCAUCGUCGUUCUAUCACUGUUGCGCAUGUCCAGCGCCACAGACAUCCUGAGUUCAGUUCAAUCUAUUAGAAAGGGAGAGACAUUAGUUUCCUCAGGGCGAAAAUUUGAGCUUGGUUUCUUCUCAACCGGAAGCUCAAACAACAGUUUCCUGGGGAUAUGGCUCGUGGCGAUUCCUGAAACGGUUGUUUGGGUUGCUAAUAGGAACAGUCCGCUCACUGAUUCAAAUGGUACUCUGGAAAUAAGCUAUGAAGGUGAACUUGUUCUUUUAAAUCAAUCAAAGAGUGUCGUUUGGUCGACAAAUUCAACCAAGGUUCUUGGAAACCCAGUUGCACAUCUCCUAGAUUCUGGUAACCUUGUUCUUAGGGAACGUAAUAGUUUAGAUUCCACUGACUACUCAUGGCAGAGCUUUGAUUACCCAUCAGACACGAUUUUGGUUGGUAUGACAUUGGGAUGGAACUUUAGAACCGGUUUGGAACAUUAUGUGACUUCUUGGAGAAGCGCAGACGAUCCUUCCCUUGGAGACUAUACAGUCAAAUACAAAAUCGAUGGUUUACCUCAUAUGGAAAUAGUCCGCAGUGGUUCUGUCAAAGUUUAUCGAUCUGCGCCAUGGAAUGGAGUUUACCUCAACGAUGUAGACAAGGAGUCGACUCCUGUUGCUAGAUCCAUCUUUGUUCACAAUGAAACAGCUGUCUAUUAUGCAUUUGAAACUCUUAUAGACGAUAUCACUAUCAGAAUCACAUUAAGCCCCGAUGGUGUUGCACAAGCUUUUUUACUGAAGAGUGGAAGCACGAAGUGGGAUAUGAUUCAAUCUCUCCCUUACGACCCUUGUGACAACUAUGGAUACUGUGGCGCUAAUGGCGUGUGCCGAGUUAACCAAAGCCCAAGAUGCCUCUGUUUGCAGGGUUUUAUUCCCAAGUCGCAAGCAGAGUGGGACAUGCUCAAUCCGGCAAGAGGGUGCAUAAGGAAAGUCCCAUUGAAUUGCUCUCGUGGAGAGGGUUUUAUGAGACUUUCACAGGUUAAAUUACCUGACCUGAUAGAUUUCCAGCUAUUCAAGAAUAUGAGCCUUAAGGAGUGUAAGGUUGAGUGUCUAAAGAAUUGUUCUUGCAUGGCUUAUGCUAAUUCGGAUAUUAGAGGACCAGGCUGCUUGUUGUGGUUUGGCAAUCUCAUUGAUAUUAGGGAUAUUAACGAUGAUGGUUCUCACCAAUAUCUCUUCCUACGGCUACCUGCUUCUGAAUUAGAUUCAUCGCGUAGUCUAUCCAAGAAAUUGGUGACUAUCACUGUGGCUUCAGCCAUUUCGGGAUUGCUUAUUGUGGGCACGGCAUUAAGCAUAAUUUGGAAAAGAAGAAUGAAAAGCCAAGGCUUGCCAAGUGGGAUGGAUGGCAUUGACUUGCCAUUAUAUGAUUUUGCUACCGUUUCUGUUGCUUCUAACCAUUUCUCUCAAACAAACAAGCUAGGAGAAGGUGGCUUCGGUUCGGUCUAUAAGGGAACUCUUUCCACAGGACAAGAAGUAGCAAUAAAAAGGCUUUCAAAGUAUUCGGGACAAGGUCCUGAUGAGUUUAUGAAUGAAGUCCUUCUAAUCGCAAGACUUCAGCACCGGAAUCUUGUUGGACUUGUUGGCUGCUGCAUCGAGGGAGAUGAAAGAAUGUUAAUUUAUGAGUACAUGCCAAACAAAAGCUUGGAUUAUUUCCUCUUUGAUCAUGACAGAAGCUCCUCUUUGGCAUGGAAAAGGCGAUUUGACAUUGUUUUAGGUAUCGCCCGAGGACUUCUCUAUCUCCAUCAGGAUUCAAAACUACAAGUGAUCCACAGAGACCUGAAAACAAGUAAUAUUUUGUUAGAUGCUGACAUCAAUCCAAAGAUUUCAGAUUUCGGCCUGGCAAGGAUCUUUCGAGGAGAUGACACAGAGGCACAAACAAGAAGAAUAGUUGGUACAUAUGGCUACAUGUCUCCGGAGUAUGCCUUUGAUGGAAAAUUCUCUGUGAAGUCCGAUGUUUUUGGCUUUGGGGUGCUUUUGUUAGAGAUAAUAAGUAGCAAAAGGAAUAGAGGAUUCCAGCAUCCUGAUCAUCACCACAACCUUCUCGGGCAUGCAUGGCUGCUAUGGAGAGAAGGGAGGGCCAUGGAACUCAUUGAUGAAUCUGUAUGUGCCUCUUUUGUUGAGUCUCAAGCAGAGAGAUGCAUUCAGGUAGGCUUGCUAUGUGUCCAAAAGUUUCCUGAAAAUAGGCCGGCAAUGUCUAGUGUCGUCUUCAUGUUGGCAAAUGAAGGAGCAACCUUGCCGCCGCCAAAAGAACCUGGUUUCUUCGUUGAGAGAAGUUCGGGAAGCUUGGAUGCACAUUUAGUUAGGGAAGAGCCCUUCACAGCCAACGUUGUUAUGGUUACAUUGCCUGAAGGUCGAUAGGAAUGCCAUCAAGGAUGUCUCUGCAGAAUGAAGACCUGCUUUCUCGGGUACAAAGGACGGAAGAAGCAUACGACAUUGUAGAGUUGAAUGACAAACUCUUGCCGUGGCUUUUCUUUAGACUUACGGAGCUGUAGCUAGUAAUUGGUCGUGUAGCUUUUGGGAAUUAAUUAAACAUAUAACUUUGAAUCCGAAAUUACGUAUUGGUACAAGUAACCUCAAUAUCA